AUGCUGAAUAUCAAAUUCUUUCUAAAAAACGUUUUAAACACAGAUGGCUCGUCCUCCCAGAAGGUGUGUAGCUACCAGGAUGUAGUGGAGUACCUGAACCUCACUGCAGACAACAGUGUGUUCAGAAUGACCCGACCCGUUCUGGACCACAAACGCCCCACGGUGGUGCAGCUGGACAUCAUCCUCUUUGCCCUCCUGGCUGUGAUUGAGAAAACGCAAACCUUUGUUCCUUUUGUCUGGGUAAUAAUGAAGUGGAACAAUGAACGCAUCUCAUGGGACCCGGCUCACUUUUGUGGAAUCACUCAGAUUUCUAUUCCUAAGGAAAUGCUCUGGAAACCAGACCUCUUUAUCUAUGAAAUGACACAGAAGGAUGAAUCCCCUCAGAAUCCGUUCAUGUACGUGUCCUACGACGGGACGGUCUCUUCCGAAGAGGAAAUGAAGGUGGUCAGCACUUGCAAAAUGGACGUCCAAAAGUUCCCCUUCGACAUACAGAGAUGCAACAUCUCCAUCGGCUCUGCGGUGCACUGCGUUGAUGAGAUUCGUGUCUUUCCGUUCUCCAACUCGUCUCGGGCCACCCAGUUUUCCCGAGAGGUGAUAAGGACUCAGGGAGAGUGGGAGUUCCUCCAACUGACCGUAACCAGUCAAAAUUUCACCAUAGACAAUAAACAGUGGGAAUAUCUCAUAUACACUUUCACCAUGAAGAGGAGGCCACUCCUCCACGUCACCAACUUCCUGUUGCCCAUCCUGUUCUUCCUGAUUCUGGACCUCGCCUCCUUCUUCAUCGAAGACCGCCGAGGAGAGAAGCUGGGCUUCAAAGUCACCAUACUGCUGGCCAUCUCCGUCCUGCUGCUCAUCCUCAAUGACAUCCUGCCCUCCAUGUCCAACAAGACUCCCCUCAUAGCCACCUACUGCGUCGUGAUUUUCGCUCUGAUGCUGCUCAGCCUGCUGGAGACCAUCUUGGUUACAUAUUUCAUGGAGAAAGACUGUGCCUCCAAGGAGAAGAUCAGGCUGAGGGAAAACAGGGAGAACAAGCAGGACACCUUCAUCACAGAGGAGAAAAGACAAAGCGGCUGUCUGAGCAUCUGCAAAGCGUCAGAUGGUGAGAAACAACAUGAAUUGCUGCCGAUGGUUCAAGAGGUUAACAACAGCGUUCAGGCCCGAGAGAGUGACACGUUGCUGCUGAUCUUGGAGGAGCUGAAGGAGUUGCAGAAUAUUUUGAAUCUGCACCUCGUCUGUAGACAGGACGGAGGGAAGUCUGGCCUCUUGGCCGCAAGAAUCAACAGAGCUUUCUUCAUUUUCUACAUCACCACCGUGUCACUGUUCCUCACCCUCAUCUUCAUCGCAUGGACCACUUAUGCCAGACGGUGGUUCUAUUAUCGGAACAUUCUCGGUGACAUUUCCAGACAACGCUGUAAAGACGGAGACACAGAAGACCUGUGGAGAAGUCUCACUGAGUUUGGAGUUGCAGUCAUGAUUCUUGCUGGUUUCUUGUCCGUGCUCUUCUUCACUGACACCAUAAAGGACGAGGUCACAGUCAUGAUGCUCGCUGGUUUCUUCUUUCUGUUCCUCGUCUCAGGUGGGAGCACCUCCAAUAUUUCGGAACAAACAGAGCUUCAUGAUGAUCAACCAAACUUCAAUCAGGACAAUGAUGAAGGGUUCAACAUCUCAACGACAGACAUCUUGAAACCACCAGAGCUCAAUGGAAGUACCAACCAGGACUCAAAAUAUCCCGAGCUUCAACAGGGGAACUAUACAAACCAGAAUGAUACGAACACGACUGUCAUGUUUCAACGAUCUGAAGAUGGUAGGAUCCACACAAACUGCUCCCAUCGGGCUGUUUAUAAGUACUUGAAACUGGUGAAGGACAACGACAUUUCCAAGAUUGGUCCUUCUUUUUAUAAUUUCCCCACAGAGGUAAACGUGGAAGUACGUCUCUAUGCCAUUCUAGAUGUGAACGAAAAGGAACAGCGAUUUGUUUCCUACAUUUGGAUUGUGUCGUUUUGGUACGACCCUGACAUAUAUUGGAAGCCUGCAGAUUUCUGCAAUAUUUCGACAAUUUAUCCCCCUUCGGAUGUAUUGUGGACUCCAGAUCUAACAAUCGAAGAGAUGAUAGAGGAUAAUAAGGUUUCUAAGAGUCCUUAUGUCACCCUUUACUAUGAUGGAGAGGUCUUUCUUCGGAGCAACAUGGUGGUGGUCAGCAGUUGCACGAUGGAAGUUUACAAAUUUCCCUUUGACGUCCAGAACUGCAAACUGUCUUUCAAGUCCAUUGCACACACAUCUAAGGAUCUGAAGAUUACAAAUUGGAUGGAAAAACAAUUGAAUUUUGAACGGUCUCUUGAAAGAAUGACUCAAUCCGAGUGGCUGUUUGUCAACUUGAACAUCAGCGAGGAAGUGGUCUACGAUCUUGAUGGAUAUAAAACCAUGCUGAUUUACACUAUCACCAUGAAGCGGCGGUCUGCCCUCUACAUCGCCAACUUCUUGCUUCCGAUCAUGUUCUUCUUGGGUCUGGACUUGGCCUCCUUCGGGAUCUCAGACAGUGGGGGCGAGAAGCUCGGCUUCAAGGUCACGGUGCUGCUGGCUGUCACUGUGAUGCAGCUUAUCCUCAACGACAUCCUGCCUGCCUCUUCAGACAGGAUUCCUCUCAUUGCAAUCUACUGCAUUGGGGUUUUUGGUCUGAUGAUGCUGAGCCUGGUGGAGACGAUUUUGAUGAUGUAUCUGUUAGGAAAAGACGCUGCAGCCGAAGAAAACAGGGAAGAUAAAGAGCAAAGACGGAAUUUGAAGAAAAGGACGUCUGCUGAUGAAUCUCCAGCCGAACAACUGUCAGUCGCCAAAGAGGGCGACAGCAGCAAACCGACUGUGGAGUCCAUUGCUUUGGAGAACAUCUCAGAUGAGCUGAGGGAUGUGGAGAAAACGCUGACUCGGGUCCUCAACGGAAGGAAGGAAGGAAAUAAGGCCGGCUGCUGGACCAAGGUGGCUGAAAAAGUCAACAUUGUUUUCAUCAUUACCUAUGUCAUAGCUGUCAUUGUGUUUUUGAUUGUUCUCUUUUCACAGUGGACUAAAGAUGACGAGUAGUGCUCGCUAGAUUAACAUGGGCAUCCUCAAUGAAGUGAUUACUAAUAUUAUUAAUAUCUUGCUGAGCACACUUUGUGAAUCAGUAGUCUUCUUGAUGUGAGCGGUCCCUGUAAAGUAGAAAAACGUUACAAUAAUCUUUUGUUCAUUAUAUGUUAUCAGAGAACUUGGUUUUUAUUUUACAAUACCAAACGGGCUAUUUGUAAAUCAAUACUGAAUCAGCACAAUAUCAACAUUACAUUCUGGUUAUUGGUAUAAAGCACAGUGGACGAUGUCCUCGCAUACCAAAUCACAUAUCGGCAUUACAGAAAGGACGUUUAAUUGAGAAGUCUCACCAGGAGGAGCCCUUGCUCCUCUGUCCUUAACCACUUUGCUUUCUAUGCUGUAAAUGUAAUUUUGAAUCAGCUUUAAUUAUUCAUUUCUUCAUUCUGGGAUUUGGUAAUGUUCUAUCAAUUACCCGUUCAUGUGUUUUUUAUAUUUCCUCUCAAUAACAGAUGGUGGGGGGGUUCUGUUUGUUCAACCAUCAUACUCCGCAUGCAUACUAUAUAACUAAUAUACAAUCCAUUGAAAACAUGUAAGGGGUUUUUUGUUUUAUGGUUUGAGAGACUUCGUGCUUUAUUUAUGCACAUUCAUCCACGUCGUCAAUAACGUCUUAAUGUAUCGUACAUUUAAAGUGAUCGGGGUCGUCGUGGCGCAGGGGGUAGAGCGGGUGCGCUGGGAACCGCAAGGUUGGUGGUUUGAGUCCCGGCCAUGUUUCAAGU